AUGGCACCCUUCCAGGUUGGGGACUUUGUAACCUUUAGUGGUUUCCGACGUGGAAGCGAAGUGGUUGCGUUCAGCAUUGUUGCACAAAACGUUCAGAUCAACACUCUUGGAGACAUCGUCUAUAUCAGAAUGGAAUUAGGUCUCCUGGGCGUCGACAACCCAAGCGCGAAUGCUGAAAUUGCAGAAUCAAGGUUCAUCGGCUUCACUUCCAACAACCGAGCCACAGUCACCUUGUACGCAAUGGAUGUCAACCCAUGCACGGGUGCUGUCACCAACCGCAUCAUCGCAGCUAUUGGCUUGCGCGGCGGCAGGAAUGCCCAGAAUAAGUUUGAGUACCGCAGCGAGAUUCUGUCGCGCUACACACGCGAGUUCUAUGUCGUCGCAGAGAUUGACGGGAUAGAAAAGACCAUCCUGACCAAGAACAACAUCACUGCCGGCACGUACGUGCAGCCUGUGAACGUUUGGGUUCAGGGCGAGCAAGAUGUCCCCGGAGUCCCCCCAGUCCCGCACGACUUUUCUCAGAUGGCCUUCUUGACACAGGGCGUUGGCGCAGAUGAUAACGGCAAUGUCUGGGGGCCGCUGCAGCCCUUCCCCCAGACUGGUGUUGUCGUCAACCCUCCCCAGUGCGCCACUGUCGCUCGAAGUGCGGCUUCCGAUACCGGUACGUGA